AUGAAUUUGGAAACUAUUCAUAGUGGAGACUAUUUACUUCUAGCUGGUAUAUAUGCAUCAGUUGGUAGAUUAGAAGAUGCAUUUAGGGUAAGAAGAGAGAUGAAAGAAAAGGGUGUUAUUAAAAAGACUCCAGGUUGUAGCUCAAUUGAAGUCAAUGGUGUCAUUCAUGAGUUUGUUGCUGAAGAUGAUGUGAAUUUUGAGUCUGAGAAAAUAUAUGCAGCUACUGAAAAGAUGAUGAAGAAGAUAAAGUUGGUUGGUUAUGUGAUGAAUAUAGAAGAUGCAAGAUUGGAGGCAGAUAAAUAUCAUAAAGAAAAAUCGGUUUUUCAUCAUAGUGAGAAAUUGGCAAUGAUUCCUAACCCGUUUUGA